AUGUCAGGAGCGGGGGCAGAUGCCAGCACGCCUGUGCGAAGGCGAAGGUUGCGGAAGGGCACGCACAGCUGUACCGAAUCCAUCAACUCUUGCGGCUACACCUUUAGAGCUGGUGAUCUGUUGCUUGGAGGCUGCUGCGUAGCUCCUUAUGGCGAGAACAGAAACAAUGCUAAUGUCCCCAAUAGGUCGUCGGAGGAAGCUACGGUGCGAUAG